GCCGCCCGCCAGACGGCGGCUGAGGAGGCAGCGGGAGGGGAUGGUGCGCCUGGCGGAGGCGGUGGCGGGCGCCGCUCCGGCUCCUCCAUCCCCCCCGCCGUCGCCAUGGGUGUGAGCGGGGCCCGGCGGCCCGCGCAGAUAUGAGGCAUCCAUUAAUAAGCUAAAAGUGAAAGAACCAUGGCUCAGUUUCCAACACCUUUUGGGGGCAACCUGGAUAUCUGGGCUAUUACUGUGGAGGAGAGAGCUAAACAUGAUCAACAGUUCCACAGUCUGAAACCAACAUCUGGAUUUAUCACUGGUGAUCAAGCUAGAAACUUUUUUUUUCAGUCUGGGUUACCUCAGCCGGUGUUAGCACAGAUAUGGGCUUUAGCUGACAUGAACAAUGAUGGAAGGAUGGAUCAGCUGGAGUUUUCAAUAGCUAUGAAACUUAUCAAAUUAAAACUACAAGGCUAUCAACUCCCAUCUGCGCUGCCUCCUGUCAUGAAGCAGCCACCUAUUGCUCUACCUAGUGCACCAGGGUUUGGUAUUGGGGGCAUUGCCAGCAUGCCAUCUCUUACAACUGUUGCCCCAGUGCCAAUGGCAUCUAUUCCAGUAGUAGGAAUGUCUCCGCCAUUAGUAUCUUCUGUUCCUGCAGCAGCAGUGCCUCCCCUGGCUAAUGGAGCUCCUGCUGUUAUACAGCCUCUGCCUGCUUUUGCUCAUCCUGCCACAUUGCCAAAGAGUUCUUCCUUUAGUAGAUCUGGUCCAGGAUCGCAGCUGAACACAAAACUGCAAAAGGCACAAUCGUUUGACGUGGCGAGUGUGCCUCCUGUGGCAGAGUGGGCAGUACCUCAGUCAUCAAGACUGAAAUACAGACAGUUGUUCAAUAGCCACGAUAAAACAAUGAGUGGACACUUAACAGGUCCGCAAGCAAGAACUAUUCUUAUGCAGUCAAGUUUACCCCAGGCUCAGCUGGCUACAAUAUGGAAUCUUUCAGAUAUUGAUCAAGAUGGAAAGCUUACAGCUGAAGAGUUUAUUCUGGCUAUGCACUUAAUUGAUGUAGCUAUGUCUGGUCAGCCACUGCCACCUGUACUGCCUCCAGAGUAUAUUCCACCUUCAUUUAGAAGAGUACGCUCUGGUAGUGGUGUAUCUGCUGUAAGUUCAGUAUCUGUAGACCAAAGGUUACCAGAAGAACCAGCAUUAGAAGAAGAACAGCAGCAACUGGAAAAGAAAUUGCCAGUUACAUUUGAAGAUAAAAAACGUGAGAACUUUGAACGUGGCAAUCUAGAACUUGAAAAACGGAGGCAGGCUCUCCUGGAACAGCAACGCAAAGAGCAAGAGCGUCUAGCACAGCUGGAACGGGCAGAGCAAGAAAGGAAGGAACGUGAACGACAAGAGCAAGAAAGGAAAAGACAGCUGGAGCUAGAGAAACAGUUGGAGAAACAACGGGAAUUGGAACGGCAGAGAGAAGAGGAAAGGAGGAAAGAAAUAGAAAGAAGAGAGGCUGCAAAACGGGAACUUGAGAGGCAAAGGCAACUUGAAUGGGAACGUAAUCGUCGGCAAGAACUGCUAAAUCAAAGAAACAGAGAACAAGAGGACAUAGUUGUUCUGAAGGCAAAGAAGAAGACUUUAGAAUUUGAGCUGGAAGCUCUAAAUGAUAAAAAAAAUCAGUUGGAAGGAAAGCUUCAGGAUAUCAGAUGUCGGCUGUCUACCCAAAGACAAGAAAUUGAAAGUACAAAUAAAUCUAGAGAACUGAGAAUUGCAGAAAUCACCCAUUUGCAACAGCAGCUACAGGAGUCUCAGCAGAUGCUUGGAAAGUUGAUUCCAGAAAAGCAAUUACUCAAUGACCAACUAAAGCAGGUUCAACAGAACAGUUUGCAUAGAGAUUCUCUUCUUACUAUCAAAAGAGCCUUAGAAGCCAAGGAACUAGCCCGUCAACAGCUUCGAGACCAGCUAGAUGAAGUAGAAAAAGAAACCAGAUCUAAACUUCAGGAAAUUGAUAUUUUCAAUAAUCAGCUGAAGGAGCUGAGAGAAAUACAUAACAGACAGCAGCUUCAGAAACAAAAGAACUUGGAAGCUGAGAGGCUGAAACAGAAAGAACAAGAAAGGAAGACAGAACUGGAAAAGCAAAAAGAAGCUCAAAGGCGAAUCCAGGAUCGGGAUAAACAACGGCUUGAUCGAGUGCAACAAGAAGAAGAACCUCAAUGGCAAAAAAAAAAUCAAGAAGAUGACAAGCAAAAAAGGGAAGAAAUAAUCAAGAAGAAGGAAAGUGAGGAUAAGGGGAAACAGGAAAUCCAAGAGAAACCGAGUAAGCUUUUCCAACCACAUCAAGAACCAGUUAAGCCAGCUGUCCAGGCUCCAUGGUCAAAUGCAGGAAAAGCUCCACUAACAAUUUCUGCUCAGGAGGAUGUAAAAAUAGUGUAUUAUAGAGCACUGUAUCCUUUUGAAUCAAGAAGCCAUGACGAAAUCACUAUUCAACCUGGCGACAUAGUCAUGGUUAAAAGGGAAUGGGUGGAUGAAAGUCAGACUGGAGAACCAGGGUGGCUUGGUGGAGAAUUGAAGGGAAAAACUGGAUGGUUCCCAGCAAACUACGCAGAAAAAAUACCUGAAAGUGAAGUUCCAGCAUCUAUAAAACCAGCUGAGGCAGCUCCUGCACCUAAAGUUUCUGUGCAUGAAACAACCACUUCACUAGGAACUGCUGCAUCUACAGAGUGCACGACAACUGCCAACAACUGGGCAGACUUCAGUUCAACAUGGCCAGCAAACACUAAUGAGAAACCAGAGACAGACAACUGGGAUGCCUGGGCAGCUCAGCCAUCUUUGACUGUUCCCAGUGCAGGGCAGCUGCGGCAGCGAUCAGCCUUCACCCCCGCCACUGUUACAGGAUCGUCUCCCUCUCCUGUAUUGGGUCAGGGUGAAAAAGUGGAGGGACUUCAAGCACAGGCUCUGUAUCCUUGGAGAGCAAAAAAAGACAACCACCUAAAUUUCAACAAAAAUGAUGUCAUCACAGUUUUAGAGCAGCAAGAUAUGUGGUGGUUUGGAGAAGUUCAAGGACAAAAGGGGUGGUUUCCUAAGUCAUAUGUGAAGCUUAUUUCAGGCCCCAUUAGGAAGUCAACAAGCAUGGAUUCUGGUUCUUCAGAAAGUCCUGCUAGUCUGAAAAGAGUAGCAUCACCAGCAGCUAAAGCAACUAUGUCAGGUGAAGAAUAUGUUGCUAUGUAUACUUAUGAGAGUUCUGAACAAGGAGACCUAACCUUUCAGCAGGGUGAUAUGAUUCUUGUGACAAAGAAAGAUGGCGACUGGUGGACAGGAACACUGGGUGAUAAAACAGGAGUUUUCCCAUCAAAUUAUGUGAGACUCAAAGAUUCUGAGGCUUCUGGAGCAGCUGGAAAAACAGGAAGCUUAGGGAAGAAACCUGAAAUUGCCCAAGUUAUUGCCUCUUACACAGCAACGGGUCCAGAACAACUCACCCUUGCUCCUGGUCAGUUGAUUCUUAUCAGAAAGAAGAACCCAGGUGGCUGGUGGGAAGGAGAGCUCCAAGGAAAAAAACGACAAAUAGGAUGGUUUCCUGCUAAUUAUGUAAAACUUUUGAGCCCUGGUACCAGUAAAACUACACCAACCGAGCUACCUAAAUCAACAGCAUUACCUUCAGUGUGCCAAGUAAUUGGCAUGUAUGACUACACUGCACAGAAUGAUGAUGAGCUAGCAUUCAAUAAAGGCCAGAUUAUAAACGUCCUUAACAAGGAAGACCCAGACUGGUGGAAAGGGGAGGUGAAUGGACAAGUGGGUCUCUUCCCAUCCAACUAUGUGAAGCUGACAACAGAUAUGGACCCAAGCCAGCAAUGGUGUGCAGACUUGCAUCUUCUGGAUAUGCUGACACCUACUGAACGAAAAAGGCAGGGAUACAUCCAUGAGCUCAUUGUCACAGAAGAGAACUACGUAAAUGAUCUGCAGUUGGUCACAGAGAUCUUCCAGAAACCACUAAUGGAAUCUGAGCUGCUAACAGAAAAGGAAGUUGCUAUGAUUUUUGUUAAUUGGAAGGAGCUGAUUAUGUGCAAUAUAAAACUACUGAAGGCCUUGCGUGUGCGUAAGAAGAUGUCUGGGGAGAAGAUGCCAGUGAAAAUGAUUGGUGACAUCCUGACAGCUCAGCUGCCACACAUGCAGCCAUACAUUCGGUUCUGUAGCUGCCAGCUCAAUGGGGCAGCACUCAUUCAGCAGAAAACAGAUGAAGUCCCCGAAUUCAAGGAGUUUGUAAAAAGGUUAGCAAUGGAUCCUCGCUGUAAAGGAAUGCCACUAUCAAGUUUUCUACUAAAGCCUAUGCAACGGGUAACAAGAUACCCACUAAUAAUUAAAAAUAUAAUAGAAAACACUCCUGAAAACCAUCCUGACCACAGUCACUUGAAGCAUGCUCUUGAAAAAGCAGAAGAAUUAUGUUCUCAAGUAAAUGAAGGAGUGCGAGAGAAAGAAAAUUCAGAUAGGCUGGAGUGGAUCCAGGCUCAUGUUCAGUGCGAAGGCCUCUCUGAGCAACUCGUAUUUAAUUCUGUUACAAACUGCUUGGGACCACGCAAGUUUCUGCACAGUGGGAAGCUCUAUAAAGCCAAGAGUAACAAGGAACUGUAUGGCUUUCUGUUCAACGAUUUCCUCCUCUUGACUCAGAUCAUAAAACCUCUUGGCUCUUCUGGCACAGACAAGGUCUUCAGCCCCAAGUCUAAUCUGCAGUACAAAAUGUACAAAACUCCCAUUUUUCUAAAUGAAGUACUAGUAAAAUUACCCACAGACCCUUCUGGAGAUGAGCCCAUUUUCCAUAUCUCCCACAUUGACAGAGUCUACACACUCCGGGCUGAAAGCAUUAAUGAAAGGACUGCGUGGGUUCAGAAAAUUAAAGCUGCUUCGGAACUUUACAUAGAGACUGAAAAGAAGAAGAGGGAAAAGGCCUACUUAGUUCGCUCACAAAGAGCAACAGGCAUCGGGAGGUUGAUGGUGAAUAUUGUUGAAGGCAUUGAACUAAAACCUUGCAGAUCCCAUGGAAAGAGUAAUCCAUACUGUGAGGUAACGAUGGGCUCUCAGUGCCACAUCACCAAGACAAUGCAGGACACCCUCAAUCCGAAGUGGAACUCCAACUGCCAGUUCUUUAUCAAAGACCUCGAGCAGGACGUGCUCUGCAUCACGGUGUUUGAGAGGGACCAGUUCUCCCCAGAUGACUUUUUGGGCAGAACAGAGAUCCGUGUGGCAGACAUUAAGAAGGAUCAGGGUUCAAAGGGACCAGUUACUAAGUGUCUCCUUCUCCAUGAAGUCCCAACAGGAGAGAUAGUCGUCCGACUAGACCUGCAAUUGUUUGAUGAGCCUUAGAAGGAAAGGGACCAAUGGUUUUUAUUUUUGGUCUGAGUUCACUGCAAUAUAGGUAUCUGCAGAAGCUGUCACAAAACCCUUAUUGGUUUGGUAUGAAACUACUGCUUGCCCUUCACACACAAGAGGGUUAUCAAAGCAAACAGGAGCAUCUUUGUGCCUUGAUAAUUCUCACUGAAAAACGAGUCCCAGUUUAGUGAGGAAGUCUCCCUCAAUUUCUCUAUGUGGAACCUGAUGCUAGUUUCCUGGGUUUCUGAAGUAACCUGGUUGUUUGUGCCGCAGCCUGAAAGGCUGGCACACCACAUAGGUCCCCAUGCUUGCUCCACUUACUCUACUCGUUUAUUUACAUGAAGAAGGCAGUGUUGGUAUGUUUGGUGGCUUUCUGCAGGGUUUUCCCCCAAAAGGAAUUCUGUGCCUAUUGCUCAGCAAAGUGGCGUGUAAAUGUUUUGUGAAUGGAACAAGCAGUUAUGCAGUAAGAAGAUCUCUGGAGAUCUUCGUGGCGAUACUGAAAAUAUUUAGAAAAUAAAUAAUCUAUAUCUAUAAACAGAGAAGAUUCUAUUAACAUACCACUUCAUGACUCACAUUGCCCCCCAAAAUAAAUUACGUGCAGGCCUUGCGCACAGAGAUGAGUUGCACUCCAGAAGAGUCCACCUACUCAGUACCUUUGGAAGAAGUGUUUGAACAGUAAGUGAAGGACGGAAUAUAGAGCCCUGCUGAAUGUUGUGCUAUACCACUUCGAUACCGUUUUACUACUGCUGCUCAGUUGUGUGAAUGCAGAUGGGUGUUCCGUCACCUGCAGUGAGGAAGGAAAAAAAUGAUGGCUCUAGCUCAGGAAGCUCAUUUCUACCCCGCAGAGUCUAGCUUGCAAAGCAAUCAGUGAUGACCAGUUAUUAAACUGUACUGUGCCUGACUGCAUUCGACAUCAUGUCGCUGAAUCCAGGGCAAUAGCACACACUGUCACUCACAGCAGUGUUUGUUGCAAACCGGGCUGGUCACGAAGCUGGUGGCAAAGAUGGUAGACGUGAACAGAACAGAGUGUUUGUGAUUGUAUGGAGUGGGUAACCCCAGGGUAAUGUCUUUUCAUCUCGGGGAACACAGGUUAUAUAUGUGUUUAACUCGACACAUAGCACACAUACAGGCCAAUGUCCAGCAAACUUCCCACGUUUGGCAAAGCGUUUAUCUAUCUCUAAGUGCACAUAUAGGUUGUGUUUCCCUUGAGUACACGACUAAGUGCUUUGCUAAGACUGGAUGUGACAGACCCCUAAGAGUAAAAUUCAUCUUUGUUCUGCCUGGAAUCAUUUCGUUCAUUACCUAUCAUGCAUACACUGGUAUUUUUGUAAUGACUUUAAUUCUGAAUGGGAGGUGUCAGCCUGUUCCAUUAGCAUGUGAAUGUUCUCGUGGAGCCUGUUGUUAGGUUUUGAUGUUCCUUGCAUGUCCUUUCAGUACUGGUUUCCACCUUCCCUGUAUAGAUGGUGUUCUCUAGCACUACAAUUCUUAUUGAUUUCCAUUAGGAAAUUAGGAUAUAUUCAUAACGAAUAGGUAGAUACAGUAUGGUAAUAAGUGUAAACUGUGCUGGGAAGUGUCUGUGUAUUAUAAUUUCCUACGAGACCACUGUAAUGUUUCAAGCAAUGGGAAAAAAUGUAUGUUGGAGGGACGACAAAGUUUACAUUUCAUACUUUUCAGAAUCGCUUUAUUAUUUAUUUAUUGAAGAUAGUGUAGAAUUUUGUAUCAGAAAUGACAGACAUACUUAUGUAUUUUUUGAAACAGAAAACCAGAGAUACACACUUUAGUUAGAAACUUUCGACUGAUCACCUUUUAGAGGGAGUGCAACUUCCUGGGCAUGCAUUUGGUUACCACUAACUGGCAGAAAACAUGAUUAAGAGAACUUUAAGUUUCUAUUUUUCAAUGUUGUUAAGAAAAUUGUUUCGAUUAAAAUAUGUAAAUAGUACUAAACCCAUGUUUUCCUAAUUCCAUAUCAAUACAUUUUAUUAAAUAUAACGUAUAUGAAAAUACACAUUGUUGUGGUAGGAUUAAAAAAAAAGUGAUAAAAUCUAUUAAUGGGUAACAUUAAAUGUCAUUGUCUAACCUUUUAUUGCUGUCCUAAUUUUACUCAGUAGCUGGACAUACUGUGAACAUUCCUUUCAGUGUUUAGGAAGUCGGAUCACUUUUUUUAUGGUAUCAUUUCCACAGCAUGAAUUUCAGCAUCAAAUAAGUAGAUAAAUAGGAAACAAAUACCAUGGGUGUGGUGCAGAGAUCCAGUCCAGGUUUCCAGAAGAAGCCUCAAGUUGCUGCAUUUUCCUCUGAGAUUCAAUUGCUGUUGGAAGUGGUUGCCAGGUAGCUGUGGGGGCUCUCGGACUGUGACCCCAUCAUGGGUAUGUCAGAUAGCAUCUUCCUAUGUGGUAACACAACCGAGCACCUUCCCAACCACCAUUGCUUGUCAUUUCCAACUUGCCCUCAAUGCACAGGAACGUUUAGUACCUGUUAAUGCCAAUGGAAGUCAUGCAUGUGUGAUGAUGAUGAAGGGCUGGGGUUUCUAUGGAUUUCUAACUUGCAAUCAGUCCUUGUCAUUUCCCUUCCAUCCAGGACUUCACACGUUGUGGACUUGUGGGACUGGCUAGGCCUCUUCUUCCAGGUAACAGUGAUACGACAAGAGGUGGUGGCCUCAAGUUGCACCAGGGGAGGUUCAGGUUGGAUAUUAGGAACAAUUUCUUCUCAGCAAGAGCAGUGAGGCAGUGGCACAGGCUGCCCAGGGAGAUGGUGCAGUCACCGUCCCUGGAGGUGUUCAAGUGCCGUGUGGAUGUGGCACUGAGGGAUGUGGUCAGUGGGCACGGUGGGGGUGGGCUGAUGGUGGGACUGGGAGAUCUGAGAGGUCUUUUCCAACCUUAAUGAUACUAUGGUUCUAAGCCCAGGGCAUGUUCAGCUCUCCUCUGUCAGGCUCCUUUGUGUCCCAGCUAGAACAAAGGCAUACUAGGAGCUGGCUGGAUGCUCAUGUGCUAUGCUCAAGAUGCAGGGAUGAGUUCAAGGAGCCUACAUUACAAAGUUGAUUCAAAUUCUAUAAGGACUGGUAGAUCGCAGUAGCUGAAGAGAGCAUCAAACAACAAGUCAAGGUUAAGAUAAAGGAGUUUAUGUUCCUUGCAGAUCUGCUUUCCUCCCUGUCGUCCUGAAAGUGCAUGGUCAUUGGGUUAUAGCCACCAGACUCUUCAGAAUGGUAUUUACCAGGCUAAUCAUAAGUCAUAAACCUGCAGGUUAUAAUGAUUUGGAAGCACUGUAAAAUAAAAACCAUAAAGCUGAUCUUGGCUUUGGAAAUACCAUUUCCCCAAGAUCAGCGCUGUAGGGAGGUGGUCUGUAAGGCCCUGAGAGGCCAUGUGCAGUUGGUGGUCUGACGUGGGCACGUCAAGGGACAGAGCACAUCGCUGGGCUGACCCUAAGGAAUAUGACCCAUACAUCAGAGAACUUUUUCUAGAUGCACUUAAUUAUUAUAUAUCUUCUCAACAUGAGUUUUUAUGAUGGAAAUUUUUAAAUGUCCAUUCUAGAAUAUUUUUACCCUUCAGAAAAAAAAAAACAACAACACUUUUUGUUACACGCGAGUUGGGUUUGGGGGGGAAGAACAUUGCGGAUGACAGUGUUUUUGUAAUAUUCUUAAAUACAUUUUCCAGAUGAAGAUGUGACGAGUCCAGACUUUCACCGCAACAGCGGGGUCUGUUUUCAUACUGCUCCGUUUGCACUGUGGUGUUUCACUGUUCCAGUUGAGCAGUCAAAGCCCUUGAAACGCAGAACAGUGGGGAAUCAGGUGAACUCACCUUCACUUGGAGCCGUUGGCUCUGUCCGUACAUUCCACGCGCACCCCACGUUUGUUCAGACCAAACACUCCUGUCCUACAUCCCUAUCGAUGUAUCUAUAGAUAUAUAUACAUAUAUAUACAUGUGAUUAUUUGUAUAUAUAAUAUAAGAACAUAGCUACUUUGUUGUUGUCAAAUACGGAGUCGAUCUAACACAAACGUUUAUAGGCACACAGUUUUGUUUGUUCUCUUACGUAUUUUAAAAUAAAGGCCAUUCUUGGGAAAUUAUUUUUCUGUACAUAGGAAGAUAUAUUUAGGACCGAACUUAAAUGAAUACAGAAUGUGUUAAACUAGCCUAGUUGCUUGACAUAGCUGUCAGAAAAAGGUUUUGCUGCGACCGUAGGUGAAUCCUUGCGCUUCUUGUAAAGCUGCGAAGUGUUGCUAACCCCAGAUUUAGCAUUGGAUCUGUGAUCGCAGCCUGCUGUGUGAGUCAAGGCGUUGUUGCUUCCUCAGAGCCCUUCUGUCAGGCUUUCAGGCUCUCGGGCUCUCCUGCCUAUCGUGGUGAGCACAGCUGACAGGAGAAGGUUGGGCUGCAGGAAAAUAGGGGGAAAACAGUGGCAGAGCCGAAAGCAGAGCUUGGUGACCAGCAGGCUCUUCUCCCCUCAGGAAGCAUGGGAAGGAUUGUCCAUCAUGUGAUGGACUAGAAGUGAAAUCCCUCCCGGUUACAGUGGCUGCUCCACAGGGAUGGGACUGGUGGUGGAACCUGUAAUUGCCAGGAGGAAGGGAGAAUAUUGGGCACAGGACCAUGGAGCUCUCCUGGUGCCACUCAGAGUGCUGAUCACACGGUAUCUCAAGAGCAAGUCACCCUGUGAGGAGCAUAUGGAAAGAUGAGUGAGAGUGCACUGCUUAUGGCAGUGUGAAGUGCUCGAGUUGGGUUGAAGCAAUUCCUAUUUGGGUGACGAUUUAUAAAGGCUUAAGGCUUUUCACCAGGCUAACCCCCAGCUUUUGCAGAAUACCCUAUUCCAGUCCUCACUUUGCCAAAAUAGAGUUUAGAUUCCAACAGCCUUUGCAGACUUCUUAUUCAUGGAGUACUUUUUAUUCAGUGUCGGUACAUCGUCGAGAAAAGAUAGCCGUAGUAUUUUUUCAAUGUUAAUACUUAGAACUGGGGAAUCCCCACCCCCACGAUGGUGGUGUAACUUUUUAGUGCACUUGUUGUUGCCAAACAAAUGGUAUCAAUUAGUUUCCUUUUCUUCUUAAGAAAGGAAGUGUUGUACUAUAUGUAGUAUUUGUAAGAUCUUAAAAAUUACAAAGGCAUUAUAAAAUAACUAUUAUAUGUAUGGCUUAAGAGCUGGACAGGUAGGAGAAAUGGUUCCUUUUUUUCAGAGAAGAUCUAAUUCACUUGUACUGUUCAUUUACAUUGCAUCUAACUAUCCUACAGGAACACAUCCAUACUGUGAAAUGGGCUUAUUUUAAAGCAUUUCUAACGGGUAUAACAUUUCUAAUGGGUAUAAUGAAUAACUAACAACAAAUUGGAUGCCACUGUUUCUCGUAAGACAAUUUCAACUGUACUUUGGUUGCUCUGAAUGUGUUACUUCCUCUGCUGCACUUGAUUGAAUAACUCUGUUUAUGGGCAGUGUCAAAUGAAACAAAAGUCUUCGAAAUGCAUUCACCUGUUUGAGGAAUUACGCCGCGUCCCAGGCUGCAUUCACUGAGGUGGAAGCUGCAGAUCAGACUUCAGUCUGUGCAAAUUGUUAGACACAGAUGAGACUGUAUUUGUGCAAGUGAAAUUAUGCAAGAAUAAACACUGUUCGUUUUUUUUAAUUUCAA